CGCGCUCACACACUCUGUUUGUGCUCAUCUCCUGCUACGCAACAUACUAGGCAACAGGGUACUAGGAACUAGGGCCAUACGACGAUGCGGGUGUUGAGCGCUGUGCUCGUGCUCGCUGCGCUGCCCACAGCAUUCGCUGUGAAGGCCCACGACUUCAAGACAUGCUCUCAGGCCGGUUUCUGUAGGAGGGGGCGCGCACUGUCUUCGAGGGCAAAGGAGAACCCUGCAUGGAGGUCGCCAUACGUGAUAGACGCGUCUAGCGUCGCCCUCUCUUCAGACCAAGCCGCAUUCACCGCGGCGGUCAAGUCCCAACUCUACCCUGAGGUCAACUUCGGCUUGGACGUGCGGAUACACGACGAUGGCGUCGUCCGGGUCCGAAUGGACGAAGUGGGCGGCCUUAGGCAGCGCUACAACGAGGCGGCGUCCUGGGCCUUGUUGGAGGAGCCGAAGGUCAGCAAUGCAGUACAGUGGACUGUAGCCAAGGACAGCGUACGAGCGAAGUAUGGCCCCAAGAACGACGUCGAGGUUAUAGUUGCAUUUGAGCCGCUCAAGGUCACGCUGUUGCAAGGUGGAAAGGAGCAAGUGGUGCUCAACGGGCGCGGCCUCCUCCACAUGGAACACUUCCGCACCAAGGAGUCGGUCGCGAAGGCCAGGGAAGAGCUCGCGAACCCCGAGGAGGGCCUUGACACGGACGACUCUCAGGUCGUGAUGGAGCAGACUCUUCCGCGGACUGCGUGGUUCGAGGGUGAGACGGAAGACGGCUGGUGGGAGGAGACAUUCAACUCGUUCACGGACAACAAGCCCCGAGGACCGGAGUCUUUGUCCCUCGAUAUUGACUUCCCUAAUCACGGCCAUGUCUACGGUAUUCCUCAGCACGCUACACGCCUCUCGCUCCCCACCACUACUGGCGAGGACGCAUACUAUACCGAGCCAUACCGCCUAUUUAACGCGGACGUGUUCGAGUACCUGGCGGACUCUACCAUGUCGCUCUACGGUUCAAUACCCUUCUUGCAGGCCCACUCCGCCGAGUCGACGGUUGGUAUCUUCAAUGCCAUCGGCUCCGAGGCGUGGAUCGACAUCGGACGCCCUUCACCGAAGUCGACGACGACCCACUGGCUCUCUGAGACGGGUAUCCUCGACGUCUUCAUCCUUCCUGGCCCUACUAUCGCCGACGUCUUCGCUCAGUACGCCAAACUAACCGGCACCCCCGCCCUCCCGGCGCACUGGGCACUCGGCUACCACCAGUGUCGCUGGAAUUAUAUCAGCUCGGAAGACAUCCGCAGCGUGCAGACGCGAUUCGACGAGGAAGACAUCCCUGUAGACGUGUUCUGGCUCGAUAUCGAGUAUGCCGAGGACCACAAGUACUUCAUGUGGGAUCACAAGCUGUUCCCUGACCCGGUCGAAAUGACCAAAGAUGUGGAAGCGAUUGAGCGCAAGAUGGUGGUCAUUGUCGACCCUCAUCUAAAGCGUGUGGACGACUACCCAGUUUACAAGGAGGCGACCGAAAUCGAUGUGCUCGUCAAGCUGAAAGACGGGCAGACCAACUACGAGGGCUGGUGCUGGAGCGGCAGCAGCGCGUGGGUAGACUACUUUAACCCGAAGAGCUGGGACUGGUGGAAGGGGCUUUUCAAAGUGGACGCACAGGGCAGCUCGUGGCACUGGGUCGAGAGCACUGUCAACACGUACAUCUGGAACGAUAUGAACGAGCCCUCAAUCUUCAACGGCCCCGAGAUUAGCAUGCCUCGCGAGAACAUCCACCACGGUGGCUGGGAGCACCGCGACCUGCACAACAUUAACGGCAUGCUCUUCCACAACCUCACUGCUCAAGCAGUCAAGGAGAGGACUGACCCGCAGAAGCGUCCGUUCGUGCUUACUCGUUCGUUCUAUGCCGGCUCCCAGCGUUUCGGCGCCAUGUGGACGGGCGAUAACCUGGGAACAUGGGAGCACAUGGCAGUUGGCAUCAAGAUGGUCCUGGCAAACAACAUCGGCGGCUUCAGCUUCGCGGGAUCCGACGUUGGUGGCUUCUUCGGCAACCCAGAGCCCGAGAUGCUCGUGCGGUGGUACGCAGUUGGCAUCUUCUCGCCCUUCUUGCGCGCGCACGCCCACAUCGACACCAAGCGCCGCGAGCCCUACCUCCUCGACGAGCCGUACAAGAGCAUCGUGCGCGACAUGCUCCGUCUUCGCUACACCAUGCUCCCCGUCUGGUACACCGCGUUCCGCGAGGCGAGCGUCACCGGAUUGCCGGUGUUGCGCCCACACUACGUCGCUUUCCCGCACGAUGAGGCCGGCUUCGCGAUCGAUGACCAGUACUUCGUCGGAAGCUCCGGCUUGUUGGUGAAGCCGGUCACGCGCAAGUCUGCUACGGAAGAGACCGUCUACCUCCCAGAGGACCAGGUAUACUACGACUACUUCAGCCACCACGCCUACCGUGGCUCCGCCAAGGGCAAGAACAUCACCGUCCCCGCCGAACUGCACCAGAUCCCUCUUUUCAUCCGUGGUGGUUCCAUCGUCCCUACGCGCGAGCGCCCGCGCCGCUCGUCGCCUCUCAUGAAACAGGAUCCAUUCACUCUGCGUAUCGCGCUGGACCAGGACGGCAACGCGCGCGGCGAGCUCUACCUCGACGACGGCGAGACGUACGCGCACGAGAAGGGCGACUUCAUCUGGCGCGAGUACACCGCGACGCGGCCCGGGAAGAAGAGCAGGAGCGUGCGCAUCCACAGCAAGAACCUCGCCGCACAGAAGCCCGGGGAGGCGGUCGACGGCGUCGCACUCGCGACGUACGACAGCGCGAACGAUUUUGCGCGGAGCAUCGCGGCCGUGCGCAUCGAGAAGAUCGUCAUCCUUGGGAUGCCUGCGAAGCCAGUCACGGUUACCAAGGUGGGCGGCAAGACGCAGCUGCAGUGGACGUUCACGCCCGGGGUCGCCGCGUCGGACAAGAAGGAGGGCACGGCGAGCGUGCUGGUGAUCAAGGACCCGAAGCUGAGCGUCCUGAUGGACUGGGAGGUCAUCGUGCACGCGUAGUGCGUCGCCGUGGCCUGGCCCUAGAUACCUCCCGCGACUGGCAGCGCGCUAUGUCUGCAGCUUUCGUAUCGUUCUCGUGUAAAUCUAACCGCUUUGAUCAC